AGCGCAUUAAAUUAGUGAUUGAACAUCAUUUUGUGGUGCAAUGAUAGAUGACAGCAAUGUAAGAUAUAACACCAGCUUGAACGAUGCGGUGUUUGGAAACUCAGGCAAGCCGGGGGUUUUUUCCCCCCAUGAAAAGUUGUCAUUUUCAAGGUGAGGGGAUUCCACCUGACAGCUGCGAUAUAUAAAAUAUGACUCAUUUCUUCCACGUACAUUCCUUUUCCCCACAACCCACACAUUUGCUUGUAUAUCAAAUCUAUUUGCCCCAUGAAAAAGAAUUGAAAUGUCUUUUAACCAUUGGAAACCCUCCAAAAACAACCAAUCCCACUUCAGAAUAAAUUGAAAAAAGUAUUCCUGAAAAUGUCUAAACUAUUUUUUACUGACUUCUGAUUUCAAAACUAGUUAUCCGUUAAUUUGUUGUAACUAUGCAAUUGAUAUGGGUUGAUAGUAAGGAUGUUCAAUACCUCUUGUUUUCGGACUCAUACCAGUACAAGUAUUCACUCCUAAGUACUCACCGAUACCAAGACGACUAGUACUUUUGAUAUCUAAAAUUUCAAUUCACACAAUGACAGAUAGAAGUGUAGAAAUUCAAAUACAAAUGAUUCCAAUUGAGUUCCUGCUGGCUUUUAUUUCAGCCCAUAAGUCUCCACAAGGUCUCCGCUGUUCGAUUUCAACACGGCUCCUUGGCCACACGGCGAGGUUCACUUUUGUGUGUCAUCACUCGGGUUGGGCAUGGUGAAAAUUUUCACCAUUUAUGAGGUGAAAAUUAUGUUCAUAUAUGAGAUAUAUGGCGGUACCGUCAUAAACCAAGGACCCCCUAUAUUUGUUUCCUAUCUGUCCGCUACCCACCCAUUAUGAAUCCCGACCCACCAGUUGAGAAUCUGCACGAGACCACUCCAGGGACCACAUGUACAAAAGGUGCGUACGCACAAAAACGUGGCAUUCGUUCCUUUUCACGGCAAAGUUCAGGGUGGCAGCUCCCAAUAGUACUGGUGACAAACCUAAUUAGCUGUUUCCAUAGUGUAGUGGUUAUCAAGUUUGUCUCACAUGCAAAAGAUCCCUAGUUCAUAACCGGGUGGAAGUAAGGCUUGUUAGUUAUCUGUUAUUUAUUAUCAUACAGGCAAGAACUUCAAUGCGUGAAGCCUACAGUGAAAACAGUGAAAAAGUGGACCAAAGAAGCAAAGAUGGAAGUUCAAAGCUGUUUAGACUGCACGGACUGGAGUGUCUUUGAAAAUUCAGCUGGCAGCCUGGAUGAAUAUACGGACACUGUCACAUCCUAGAUUAGUUUCUGUGAAGAGAAAUCAGUGAAGAUCUUCGUCCUGAGAGGCAGGAGCCAGAGCCCCCUCACAUUAAAGGGGAAGUGGACGGCAAAUAGGUCCACCACAUCGAAGAGGAAGAGGAGGAGGAUAUCAUCAAGUUUGGUGUCCCUUUAAAGAGUGAAGAUGAAAGUCAAAGUGAGGCGAGCAGAGGGGCGGAGCCUCCAAGCAGCAGCUCAAGUCAACACAUGACAACAGAAGAGCGGAAAGUGUUGUGAUCGUCGUGUGAAAAUGUGCGCAAGAAGGACAGCACAGUACGAGGAGGAACUUUGGGGACCAAAAGACGGGAACAAGCCACGUCAACUCCUGGACGCUGUGUUGAAUCUGCAGCCUCGAACUGUGCUACGCAGAGCAGACAUCACUGAAGAUCUUCGUACUGAGCGGCAGGAGCCAGAGCCCCCUCACAUUAAAGAGGAGGUGGAGACCAUUUCGAUUAAGAAAGAGGAGGAAGAAGCACGCCCCCACAUCAAACAGGAAGAGGAGCAGGAGGAUAUCACCAAGUUUCCAUCAACUGGUGUCCCUUUGAAGAGUGAAGAUGAAGGUCCAAGUGAAGAGAGCAGAGGGGCGGAGCCUCCAAGCAGCAGCGCGAGUCAGCACAUGACAACAGAAGGUGACGGAGACCACUGUGGAGGAUCACAAGCAGACGGACUCUUUGCUCCACUAUCAGAUAGUGACUACAUGGCGUCACGUUCUCCUCACACUGUUGAAGAUGAUGAUUGUAAAAAGUCUGAAGGUCAUAUGACACGUCACACUGACAACAAACGACGGAAAUGUUCUCAGUGUGGGAAAACAUUUGCUAAUAAAAGCAUUUUGAAGCAACACACAAGAACCCACACUGGUGAGAAACCUUUUUCUUGCUCAGUUUGUGGUCAAAGAUUCACUCAGAAGGGAAACUUAAAAUUACACACAAUAACACACACUGGCGAGAAACCUUUUUCCUGCUCAGUUUGUGGUCAGAGAUUCACUCAGAAGGGAAACUUAAAAUUACACACAAGAACACACACUGGUGAGAAACCUUUUUCCUGCCCAGUUUGCGGCCAAAGAUUCUCUGCGAAGGGACACUUACAAAUACACAGAAGAACCCACACUGGUGAGAAACCUUUUUCCUGCUCAGUUUGUGGUCAAAGAUUCUCUGGGAAGGGACACUUACAAAUACACACAAGAACUCACACUGGCGAGAAACCUUUUUCCUGCUCAAUUUGUGGCCAAAGAUUUGCUCAUAAGGCAAACAUAAAAUUACACACAAGAACCCACACUGGUGAGAAACCUUUUUCCUGCUCAGUUUGCGACCAAAGAUUCGCUCAUAAGGGAAACUUAAAAUUACACACAAGAACACACACUGGUGGGAAACCUUUUUCCUGCUCAGUUUGCGGUCAAAGAUUCGCUCAGAAGGGAAACUUAGAAUUACACACAAUAACACACACUGGUGAGAAACCUUUUUCCUGCUCAGUUUGCGGUCAGAGAUUCUUUGAAAAGGGAAAGUUAAAAAUACACACGAGAACCCACACUGGUGAAAAACCUUUUUCUUGUUCAUAUUGUGGUCAAAGUUUCACUCAGAAGGGACAUUUGAAAAUACACACAAGAACCCACACCGGUGAGAAACCUUUUCCCUGCUCAGUUUGUGACCAAAGAUUCGCGCAGAAGGAACACUUAAAAAGACACACAAGAACCCACACUGGUGAGAAACCUUUUUCCUGCUCAGUUUGUGGCCAAAGAUUCUCUUAUACGUAUCAGGCUAAAGCACACGUGUGCUGGUGAGAGGAGCAGUGAUCAAGAAGCUUUUCAUGCAAAUGUGAAUGUUUCAAAAUGAAAUUACGAUGUUACUGGCUUACAAAAAUCGACAUUCUUGUAUAUUGUGUACCAGCUUUAUUUUCUGUUUUCUAAAAGCCUCCCAUGGGCAAAUGUUGAGAAUUAGCACUGUUCAGCUUAGUCCAUAUCACUUUAAUGAUGACGUCCGAAUAAAUGUGCAAUUUUUCAGCACAUUAUAGCAAGCUGUUUUUUUGUUUGUUUUUUUCCUGAAAAGUUUUCAUUUUGAAGGUGAUGGGAUUCCCACCUGACAGCUACGAUAUAUAAAAUAUGUCUAAUCACUGCCACUUUAUGGUAUAGUACAUGUGUUUUCCCACACCAGCUAUGCUAGUGCUUUUCAGUUUUUCGAUUUGGGCAAUGAAAAAGGAGCAUUUGAAAGGUAAUUCAUUAUUUCCCAGUUGCCCCAAAACUUACUGAUAUCAUGUGAAAUGACAGCCAGUUGAAUUUUCUUGAGCAAAAAAAUAUGUGAAAAUGAACUCACUCACUUCAUGAAAUAUGGACUCAUGAAGACCCAUACUUCUUUUGAGCAAUGCAUUCAGUUUGUCCAAUGUGUUAGCGAUGUCAGUAUCAAAUCAUUGAAUGGUCGAUUGAAAUAAGACUGAAAAGAAACUUUGACUUUUCGUGGUAAACUGUAAAGUGUCUAUGUGAUCCAUAAUAAAAUACAGUGAGAGCAACUCAA